AUCAAGACCCAGGCGUGGGACUGAGCAUUAAUGUCUUGAGAUAAACCGAGAGAGCUGAUCCCUUUGAGAGAUAAGGCCGAGACUGGUCAGUGUAGAUUGCCGACCUAUUCUAGGAAAGGAGAAGCCAAUGAGAACACUGUGUUCACAGGUGUUCACGGAUGCCGUAGCUACCGCCAAGGCUCAGCAGGAGGCAGCAGAGGCAGAACGUCAGCGGCUGGCCAAUGAGGCGGCAGCCCAAGCUCAGCAGACUGCUGAGGCUGACGCAGCGGCACGAGACAGAUGGAAUGCCGCCAGCACGGAGUCCGUGAUUCAAAAUGAGAAUCAGUGGGCAAUGCUACUCCAAGGCAUGAUCUUUGUGCCUACGGACGCGCAGGCGGAUCCGACACAGGCGGAGGCAGAGAGAAGUAACCUGGCUACCCUGAUGAUGAGCGUGAUGAGGGGAGUAAUGUGGAACAACAAACUGCUGCAGGCACACCUGCUCACGGAACGACAGCAAAGACAAAAGCACCAGCAAGACAUGGCCGCUUUAAUAGCUGCCGCCCGCGCCGCAGCAACACAGCAGCAGCAACAGCAACAACUGUUGAACUCCACUCUCGCACGCAUCAACAGCAUUGAGGGUAAGGCCUCAGCAGCGCCAGGCUGCACGACAGACGCGACGAAGCAGCUCAACGAGCGCAUCGAUCACGUCGUCACUAUCAUUGGCGAACUAGGUGAUUUCACUAGUCCGGCCACGAUCAGCAGCACGGUGGCCGCCAUCAAGACGAGCAUCACCAAACUGCAGACAAGGUCGGACGCCGCUACAAAGAAUUACAAGAUGCCGCACUUCGACAUCAGCAAGUUCGACGACUACAACAAGACGGACGCCUUGACAUGGUGGCAAAGUUUCCUCACAGAAGCAUCAUGCCGCACUGUCCCGGCUGACAACAUGAUGAAGGCGCUCUACUUACAACUGAUUGGAGUAGCGCAUGCAUGGAUGAACCAUCUGGCGGCUACCAAGAAAUGCACCAUCGCCGAACUCCACACGCACAUCACGUGGAAGGAGUUCAGCAACUAUGCGCCUGAGCUCGCACGACUCUUGCACACCGGUUGGAUAACUAACCAGGGUGUUCCGAAAGACAUAGUGAGCGACCGAGAUACUCGCUUCAUGUCGGCUUUUUGGACUUCCCUUAUGGCUGAGUCCGGUACGACAAUGAAGCCGAGCUCGGCUCGGCACCCACAGACGGAUGGCCAGACGGAGCGAGCACACCAGACCGCUCAGAUGAUGUUGCGUACACUCAUCCGUCCCAACCAAAAAGAUUGGGUUGACCGACUUCCCGACAUCGAGUUCGCCUAUAACACUUCGGUGCACCCGGCGAUCUGCAUCACACCAUUCGAGCUACAUCAUGGUGGAGAGAAAGCACGGAUCUUCGCUGAUCUCCAUCUGCCACAGGCCGCCAACAUAGACGUCCCUUGCUCUCCCGCUUCCGUUCGGAAGUACCGAGACUUGCUGAUCAAAGCCCGCGCGAAUAUGCAAAAGGCUCAAAUCCGCAUGCAACAGCAAGUUAACCGACAUCGACUUCCAUGUCCUUUCCGCGAGGGAGACCUGGUUUGGGUCCUCUCCAAAGAAUUUGCGCUCGAGCUAGACGUUUUGCGCAAACUCCUUCCCAAAUGGUUCGGACCAUGGGAAGUCACUUCUGCCGUUGGAGACGACCCCGCAGGUCCUUCCUUUGUGGUCAACAUUCCUCCGCACCGUACAUUGCACCAGGUCUUCCACGCGUCGAAGCUGGCCAUCUACACGCCACCUUCCGCCGACGAGUUCCCCGGCCGUCGAUCACAGGAUCCGCCUUCUAUGGACGGACAUCAGGAAGUUGACGGAGUCAUCACGCACCGCAAGUAUGGCAACAAGCCAAUGCAGUUCAAAGUCACAUUCAAGCAAUGUGCGCCUGACGACACUCGGUGGAUAUCUAGUGCAGACUUGCAGACUUCUGCACCCCUCAUCUUCGCCGACUAUGAGAAGCGACGCCUUGCCAAGGAAGCAGCUCGCAAUCAUGCGUCUCAACAGCUUUCGAGAACAGGUCAGGGACGAAUGGGGGAGGUGACGAGACAGGAGGAAACCGAUAGGAGAGCCAAUAUGGGUGGGGCAAGCGGCUCAAGGGGCCCUACUCUUCGGGGCCCUAGCCAAGCACUGGGAGGGGCAGCAAGGGAAGGUACAGUGGACAGGAGGAACACACACUGGUCAGAGCGCGCGUACCAGGGUUCAAGAGACCAACAGGAGGAGGAACUGAGACACACCCAGUUCCAAGAGGAGGAGACGUACCCAAGGUCACAGAGGUGGGGAGACGCACAGGAACCGGAACAAGGGAGAACACUCCCACCUCCGUGGUCCUCGAGGGAAAAGUGGGCGCAGAGUAAUGUGCAGGGCCUCGCCAACGGAGCGGGUCUGAUUGGAACUCCCCAGGGAGAACUGGGCAAUGCUCAGAUGCACGCACAUUGGCAAGACCCGUACCAGGGGCCUCAAGAAAUGGGGCAAGGGAAUUGGCUCCAGCACUGCAAUGCACUGCCUUCCCGUACACAGCAGUUCCAGAUUGAGAGACCGAACCCCGGUUACCCUUUGGAAGCUUACGAUUGGAGAAACUUUGCACCACAGCCAUCGGGCAGAGGUUGUCCAUCCCUGGGUCACACCAGAUGGGAGGAGAGAGGAGGAUCGAUAAGAAGAACGCAAAGAAGGAACAAUGGGAGGUGGGAAGUUGCCAGGGAGGACAGUUGGCGGAACAGAGGGGAUACUUCGCAACCUUGGCGCCGUAACCUGACAACUCACAGUCUGAGAAUCAGGGAAGAGGCGGGCAACCAGGGACACUGGGACGAGGAGACUCCGGACGGAAGAGCAAAAAAAGCACGGGCGGAACUGACGAAGACGUCGGAAUCUUCCCUGUCAAGAAUCAGGUGGGGGAGUGAAUGUUACGAGGAUUAUGGAGAUGCACACAAGUCGGACGAAACAUCUUCCAUAGAGAGUUCUGCAGGGUCGGGGAUUAGGAAGCAGAAGGGCCAAGUGAUCAGCAGCAGAAGAAUACCGGAUAAGAGUAAGCGUGCAGUCACGCUGGAGAGGAACCAAAUGGAAGCGGUGGAGAGGUGCUUAGUCCCAAUCUUGUGCACAAGCUCAGAGGACGGGGUGAAGUUCCUGUCUUUACUGAAUGCAGAAGGGGUUCCUCAUAUUCCCUCCAAAGUGAUCGAUAAGACACCAACACCGACAAUGAUCAUGGGUGUGGUAAGAUCACUAUAUGGAGAACACGUCCCAGUUCGGUUAAUACCGAAGUCCACAAUGACUCAUGUGAUAGUGGAGAUGAUGCAGGGGUACAUCAAACUGUAUUUCCCGCUCCUUGAUGCGCGGAUAGCCCCUGAGACAACAUCAGCGCUGAACCAGACGGGAGUACGCAGUUUCCAAAUGGACCUGCUGAGGGAGAGGAAUUGGCAGGAACUGGAGAAAAUCCAGGUCCUGUCGGGUGUCUCCGCUAUGGUCUUGGUGAACGUCAACAAGAAACUCAUGGGGGAAGAGAGCCUUCACUCCGGAUUUCUGGCCACAAGCCUGAUCGAAGACUGACGCUCAUUAUCACAAACAAGCUCUGCUAAAGGGAAUUCGCAGUGUCACUCAAGAAGUUAUAGCAGAACAGGCUACAGAUCUUCCUCUCUAAGAGAGACGAUACCAACCUUCCGCAUCCAAGAUCAGGUAGAGAAAACAACAGCGAAUGGAGAAGAUUAGAGCUGUAACUUAGAACGUGCGGGGCCUCGGGGAUACCAAUGGGAGAAUGAAACGGAGGAGACUGA